AUGCAGUUCUGCUAGCACCAUAUAUAUAAUAAGCAAAAUAGUGACCUAAGUUGUUUUGUGAGCUUUAACUGCUUAGGUCUUGCAAGCUAGAUAUCGCUAAUACUGGUAUGGCGUCUUCAAACCUUAUUAAAUCUUCAACACAUGUGCACCCUAAUCGACUACGACCGUCAGCGGUUUUAUGCGCGUUGCAACCCGCACGAGCGCUUUCCACCAGACACUAUCAACUACGAGAAGUGCCCACGUGCUGCGCUCGCCGCGUUCGGUGUAAUGGCUUCUUUGGAGGCUUCUUCGGGCGAGGUGGCGCCACGGCAACGAAGCAGGCACAGAAACCAUCUCUAGAGGACGACCUAGGCCCUGAUGUGGAGGAGUUGUUGCUCGUGGAGACGCAGCAGGCGGGCGGCAGCAAGGCGCAGAUCAUCUACCGCAACGGCGGCCCCGUGGUAGCAGCUGACCUGGAGCGGCUCUGCGUCAAGGUCGGCUGGCCCGCCCGGCCAGUCGCCAAGGUGGAGGCAGCGCUGCGGAACUCCUUCCUGGUCGCCUCGCUCGUCAUGCGGGUCACACUGCCCAGCCAAUCCGCUGCCAAGGGCAGCGGUGAUGCGGAGGAGGUGGUGGUUUCGGAGCAGCUCAUCGGGCUGGCUCGUGCUACCAGCGACCAUGCCUUCAACGCCACCAUUUGGGACGUGCUGGUGGACCCUGAGUUCCAGGGUCAAGGUCUAGGCAAGGCGCUGGUGGAGCAAAUGGUGCGCUCGCUGCUGCGGAGGGACAUCACCAACAUCACCCUGUUCGCAGAUUCCAAGGUAUUGGACUUCUACCGGCAGAUGGGCUUUGAGGCGGACCCCGAGGGCAUCAAGGGCAUGUUCUGGUAUCCCAAGUUUUGAAAGUACGGCGUGGGAAUGUGGUGACGAAGUUGAGUACGGCAGGGAGCAAGGGGGGCAAUUUUGCAAGCAGGCUUUGCCCGAGUGCUGUGUCUCCUAGGCUAGCUAUGGCCGCUAACAUACUUGGACAAAACGCUGGCUGGCUGCUGCUUACUGUGCUUGUCUUUGGAGCAGUGCAUUUUCAAAUCUCGCAGCUGCAUUAUGACCGAUUGCAGCUAAAGGUGUUUGUAGUUUACCUUGAUAGCCUGGGCGCUGUCAUACCGCAGGCUAGACUUGGCUUAAUGGACGGGCGCCUCUGCUGGGAGUGCUGGGAAGUAUGGGUAGUUUAGGUUGCAACUGUGUGCGCAGUGCUGCAAAUGGCUCGUAAUGCAGAGGCAUUGUAGAGCAGGUGGAUUAGCGGUGCAGUUUGAGUGAGAGUACGCGGUUCGUAACGCCGUGAGGACCUGUGCGGGAUGCGGUUUGAUGGCGGUGAGAGGUAGGUAUGUAUCUUCCAUGCAGGCGCAUGGCCUUCAAGGUUGAGGAGCAGAGGAGUUGUGGCAGGGUUACGUGAUCCGUAUAGCCUUAGGAGCAUGGGAACAGAUCAAAUGGGGAGGUGCCAACGAGAGGUUUUGGUGCGAACAGUGAGGCAGCGUUUUGAGAGGAGCAGAGAGCCAAGAGGGGCGCAUGAGAGCGGUUAGCUUUAGCGUGGGUUUGCCUGGAUUGUUGAGGAUGGGCUGUGUGCGGUCUGCCGGGGGCUGUACAAACGCUAUUACUUGGAUGGAGGAGGUCCGUUCGGGUACAUGACAAGUGGUUUGUUGGGCGCAAUCUUGCACAAGAUAGAAAACUGUUCUCUGGACUGCGCAUUGCUGCUGUGAAUGCACCGGGCUGCUGUUAUUCAGAAGCGUUCUUUCAUGAUGAGGUGCAGCAAGACCCUCCGGGCGCAAUCGCUUGGAUCAAGAAUCGGUGGAAGCCGAUUUUGUUUUCGUUAGGCCGGUUAGGCAUCUGCUGUUUGCCCCUGAACGACUGGGAGCUGCACGAGAGGCACCACAUGCCGGCUAGGAGAGUGUGCAAUGCAGCGAAUGUGAGUUGUGUUUAAAGUGCUGUUAAUUUAUGCACCGUGACAGAUGGCCUGGCGUGUAGCUUGUUGACAGGGAGUUAGCUGAGGUGGUUUUGCACUAGGCCACAGGGGCAUAAACGUUAUGACUGGUGUUUACUGGGAGAUCCAAGAGAGAUUCAUGACAAGUAAAUCUCGGAGCAGGAGAGCAGGGCAAGAUCAGGACGAUCUGGGUCAACACCGGAUGCUCGUUCAGCAUCCGGUUCUGCUUCCUUCAGGCGUACCGAUAGACUUGAAGGACAAGUUAGCGAGCAACGGUGA